UCCUUCCCCUCCCCCAUGGUCCGCGUCUUCAUUCUCCAGCAGACUUCCCGUGGGGCGGGGGGUGGGGGGGGAGCGCUCCAUACUUUGGGGGAAGGGAUCCCAGGCUUGAAUCCCCUCCCCCUCGCUCGCUUUCCCCCUCCACCGGGAGCUUCUCGAGAGAGAGAGAGAGACGACCUUCCUUCCUCACCAACCGCCACGCCUCUCUUCGCUUUGCCUCGCCUCGCCGUGCUGCUGCUUCGGCUACUUGGGUGCAUGUGCUGCUUGCCCCCCCUUUCACCUCAACAGCUGCCCAGGCUUCGUUUUGACGCCUUGAUUGGCACGAGCCAGGGGGGAUUCGGGGAGGAGAAGCACCCCGCUCCUCGCCCCAUCCCUCCCUUUCUCUCAUCCCCUUCGCAGCCCGCUUUGAGCGUUAGAAAGUUCCAGAAAGCAGAAUCUGAUUUGGAUUACAUUCAACACAAGCUGGAAUUUGAAGUCAAGAAAAGUCUUCCUGAUGAUUCGUCAGAAGAGGAAAAUCCACUCACACUGUUAAAGGAAUUGUCAAUGAUGAAGUCUCGAUAUAAGACUUUGUGUGCCCAAUUGGAACAAGUUGCUGUUGAACAGAAAGAAUCUAUGAAUUGUAUUCGUGCUACUUUGAAUAAUACUAUGAAAAUGGUACAACACCUAGAGCAACAAGCAGAUCUGGAGUUGUCACCUCUGACUAAGGAAGAACAGACUGCCGUACAGCAAUUACAAUCCCAUUCAACGUGCCAGACUUCAGGAGGAAUCGACUUGCAUAAGACAACUCUAAUGUAGUUUUCUAGCAUGAGUUUUUAACUUUACUGAAUAUGAUGCCAAUGAACAGAUGAUACAGAUGAAUGUGAAAGCCAGGAGCCCAAGCUAUGGAUUCUGAAAAAAGCUGAAUUUAAGAGAAGUGGAAAUAGUAAGAUGAACAAAGGGUGUCUUCGUUUUUAUGCAUGGAAUGACCAUUAUCUCCUCAUGUACCAGGAAGCUGUUAUUUCGACAGUGAUGAUAUAGUAAUAAAUGGAUUGUGAGAAUCGCUUGUGUUGUAUAACCAUUUGUAAUGUGUGCAUUAAAACUUAAAAAAAAAUCUGUAAGCCAUUUAUUUAAGUACUCUUUUUAACUGCAUCAUGUUUGACUUUUGUAUCCUGAGAAUUGAUCUAGGUUCUCUAUUUAGUGAAGUUAAAACCCAAAAUGAAAAUAGAACAUAGAGUGUUUCUUUGGAGCUUUAUGUCAGAAGUCUUUUGGAGUUUAAUAAAUUGCUGUAUUUGAGUAUUAGCCUUAGUUUUUCCCUUUAGGAAAGUGAGAUUUAAAUUAAUUGAACCCACAUCCCAGAAAUGAAGGAAAUAGGGUAUCCACAGAUAAAUUCCUUAAAGUUUUAUUGUCAUUGCUUGGUUUUAAAGUGUUUUUAGACUUGAUAAUUUACAGUUGUAAUUUUUUUUCAAAUAGGAAGAUAAAUAUUAAUGUGUGUUUUAAGAAUUAAGAGUACAACAUAAUUUUAGUGGGAAAAGCAAAAAAUCUUUUUGUAUGUUUCCUUUUCCUAUUUUACUUGGUGUAUUGUGAUGGUACUAAUUACUCUUUGCUUUCUGUGAUCCUGGUAAUCAUUUUAAGAAUUCUAUUUCAAAUAUUGUAUAUCAGCCUGUAACUUUAUCAUGUCUUAGAAGUGCAAUACUCAUAAUAAUUAAUAUCACUAUAUUGAAUUUGUUAAAUUAAAAAAAUAUUCUAAUAAGCAAAAUUAUUGUAUUUUUCUGAAAAGUUUUUUUAAGGUUCAAGAUAAUCCUAAUAAUCCAUAUAAAAUAUUUAAAAUUAAAGUAACAUAAAAAUUAUAUGACAUAAAGUCAGAAGUGAGAUCUAAGGCACUCAUUCCAUUACCCUAGCCAUAAUACAUCAAAAACUCUUGCCUUUCAAUUUAUGAACUUAAAUUAAGAUGUGAAUUCUUUAGAAACAUAUGAUGUUUCAGUAAAGUAAGAUAUUGUUUUUAUGACAUGACUAUCAGUGGAAAUAACUCAAGAAGAAAUGUAAUCAUCUGCUGAGGAUCAUGGGACUUGUACAUAUGAUUUUGGAAAUCUUCCAAAUAUGUUGGAUUUCCUAUUAGAAUGGGAAAGUAGGGACUUUGUUGCUUUUCUAUUUGUAUCCCCAGUGCUUUGCAUAUAGUAAGCACACAAAAAAGCUCUAUUCCUUUACUCUCUUGUUCAUACAACCAAUAUACAGUUACUUCUACAACCAAAUCUUUAUAACAAAUCCUCAGUAAUCGGCGUGCAUUUUAAGUUCCAUUAACUGGGCUAAACAGUAAGGCCAGUCUGAAUCAGUAAAGGACAAGGCAUAGAAGUAAUCUUGUUUGAAUCUAGGAUUUCAUCUAUGUGAUUAUCCCUUACAUUUCUUCAAACAGCAACUCAUCCAUACCUCAACCUAUGUAAUACUUGUUCUCCUAUUGUAAUCCGGAGAAAUUAGAGGUUUUUAAAAUUUUAAUAGUGAAGAAGUUGGGCCAGCCAUACUAGCUGGCUUAGAUGGGACUCUUUUGUCUCAAAGCAUCCAGCAAUGAGCAAGUAAUUCCAGAGACUCUUACUGGGCUCCAGCAAUCAGAGAAAGGUAAGGGUGGGGCAGAGCACUGGAUGAGUGGAAAUUCCAGGAAAGAUCAUAUUUAAGUUCUGGCAAGUUGGGAGUAAAAAAGGAAGGAUCAUAAAUUCUGGUAAGAAGGUGGUCAUGGGAAAUCAGGAAGUCUGGGCCAGAAGAUGCUCCAGCAUUUGAGAAAAGCUGUCUGGAGUUUUAUGACUUUUUGGAAUCCCAGAGUGGCCAGAGCUCCGCAAUGCUAAAUUAUCUCAGUUCUAAUGGUCAGGAAGUGGAGGGUUGCCACCAGGGAAACAGGUAGGGAACUGAGGUAUAAUACUAUAGUUCUUCUAUAGAAGUUGCACAAACUGAUGCUGAGAGAAACAAGCAGAACCAGGAAUGCAUUGUACACAGUAACAACAAGAUUAUGAGAUGAUUUACUAUGACAGAUUAGGUUCUCAAUGGUUCAGCAAUCCCAAUAAACUUUGGAUAGAAAACGCCAUCUGCAUCCAGAGAAUUAUGGAGAUUCAAUGUAAAUGAACAUGCACUGUAUUCACUUCUUUAUUCUGUCAUGGUUUUUCCCUUUUCUAAUUUUUCUCUCCCAAUACAAUAAAGAAAUGGGUAUUUAAAAACUUAAUAUACAUGUAAAAAAUAAAAUACAUAUGUGAAAAAUAAACAGAGGAUCUAUCCAGUAUAUGGAAGAAA